GAAGAACAAGUCGCUGUAGACCAGCUGUUAUAUGAAAACAGCUGGGCGAUCAGGGCGAGAAGAGAUAAACAACAAUACAACGAAACACAAUUUUUCAUACACCAAAAGGGCUUCAUCUGUGUGAGCAGGCAGGAUGGCAGGGGCGGAGGUCUACGGCCCUGUUAACCCCUCCUGCAAGAUCAUGACCUUCAGGCCCACCGUGGAGGAAUUCAGAGACUUCAACCGGUACCUGGCCUACAUGGAGUCACAGGGGGCGCACCGUGCUGGCCUCGCCAAGGUGAUUCCUCCUAAGGGCUGGCGUCCUCGGUGUAGCUAUGAUGAUAUUGAUGACCUGGUGAUCCAUGCCCCGAUACAGCAGAUGGUUGCAGGCCAGUCAGGCCUGUUCACUCAGUUCAACAUCCAGAAGAAACCGCUCAGCGUGAAGGAGUUCAGACGCCUCGCCAACAGUGACAAAUAUUGUACUCCCCGCUACCUGAACUAUGAGGACCUGGAGAGGAAGUACUGGAAGAACCUGACUUUCGUAUCUCCCAUAUAUGGAGCUGACGUCCCCGGGAGCCUCUAUGACGAGGGUAUAGAGGAGUGGAACAUCGGCCACCUCAACUCCAUCCUGGAUGUGAUCGAAGAGGACUGUGGUGUGUCUAUCCAGGGGGUGAACACACCCUACCUGUACUUUGGCAUGUGGAAGACCAGCUUCUCCUGGCACACUGAAGACAUGGACCUUUACAGCAUCAACUACCUGCACUUUGGAGAGCCCAAGUCCUGGUAUGCCAUCCCGCCUGAACAUGGGAAGAGACUGGAGAGACUGGCUACAGGUUUCUUCCCCAACGGGUUUAAAGGAUGUGAGGCGUUUCUCCGUCAUAAGAUGACCCUGAUCUCCCCUUCCAUCCUGAAGAAGUACAGCAUUCCCUUCGACAAGAUCACCCAGGAGGCUGGCGAGUUUAUGAUUACCUUCCCCUAUGGUUACCACGCCGGCUUCAACCACGGCUUCAACUGUGCCGAGUCCACCAACUUCGCCAGUGUCCGAUGGAUCGACUACGGCAAGGUGGCCACGCAGUGUACAUGCAGUAAAGACAUGGUGAAGAUCAGUAUGGAUCCCUUUGUGAAGUGGUUCCAACCGGACCGCUAUGCUGUAUGGAAGCUGGGGAAAGACUCCUGUCCUCUGGAUCACACCCGAGCCACGCCCGCCACCACCCCAGAACUGCAGAACUGGCUACAGCGCAGCCGGGUCAAGACUCCUGUGAACAGCAGUCUCCCACACCCACGGACCAGAUCCAAGCGCCUGAGGACCAGCGAGGAACCUGUAGCCUUGGAAGGGUGCUCUGUCCUGGGUAGGAGGAGAGGCCUCGGAGGCACCCUGGGUCCCAAGGUCCGGAGAGGCUGCAGGGCUGGGGAGGAUGAGGAGGAGGAUGAGGAGGAGGGAGAGGAUCAGACUGAGAAUACACUCCGGCUCCCUGGUCCUUGCCGGCAGAUGUGUGUGGUGAAAGUCAACAGAAUGGAAGUGGAGAGUGACCGGUUGGCCUUCCCCUGUCCUCCUGAACCUCUGCGCCCCUCGUCUUUCCCCUCGCCCUCACCCUCGCCCUCUUCCGACUUCGCUUCUCGCCCCUCUCCCUCUCUGACCCCUGUCUCAGUGGACACCACAGAACAAGGGACAGGGGUAGGGACUCACCCCUCACCCCAUCUGCAUCCCACUAACCCCCCACAGAACCCCUCAGGGUCAGAGUUCGCAGAGGUCAUUAAAGGACCCCAUCAGAGGUCCGAGGCUGCCCCUACACCUGCCCGAUCAGAAAGAAGAGAAAUCCCCGGAGGACCGUUUAAGUCAGUAUGUAUAGAAUCUACUCCACUGGGACUGGUCCCUGACGACUGCUCUAUGGAUGUCCACCCCUCUCCAGACCCCUUACGGACCAGGUUACCUUCCCCCAGAACGGUGCACCCGACUGGGGCUCAGGGGUGUACGGACUCAGCCUGUGGCCCUGGAGCUUUUCAAUCAAGCUCUUCUUACGUAGAGAAGUCGUCUCUAAACCUAACCUCAACCCUAGCCCCCAGCACUGAGUAUACAAUGGAUACAUGUCAAGGUACUGCGGUUAAUACUAACACCACUACUACUACUACUACGACGCACAGCAGUCACAAGUCUGAAAGCAGAACACCAGCACUUUAUAAUGACAUUUACACUAAUACUGACUCUGGGCCCAGAGGACGUGUUAUUUCCAGCCUGAGUUCUGGUCCGGCUAACUUGUUCAGGUGUAGUGAACCAAACUGCCCUCCUAUUGAAAAGUGUUCCUCUCUUCCUAUGUCUACUACACACAACUGUGUCCCCAUACAAAACCCUUCCCUUCCGAGGUGUAGUUUACAAGACUGUUCCCCUCCUCUCCUCCAGUUGAACAACGGGGUCGACAUGCCCUUCCUCACUCCAGAACUGUCUGGAGAGACGAGGUUCUGCCCGCCCCUGCCGCCCGUUCUCACCCAGGAGAUGCCCUCCCUCACCCUCGCCGUCAGCGGAGGUCACACCGAGAUCAAAGGGCCGAGGUUGUCGUCGUCGUCGUCCUCCUCGACCGGGCGACACGGUGGUGCUCUAACCUUACCGGAUUUACCGGACGGUCACCCGGUCCUCGCCCCCGUGCUCCAACGCGAGACGCCCACGACCCUCUCGUCAGAAACAGAAACGUUAACGGACGAGGUGUGCGAGGUAGAGUUGGCGUCGAAGAAGUCGGAGGACGAGGAUUUUCGACCGUUAGCGCCUUACAGCGACUGGUGCUUGGGUUCUACUGAAGACCACCAUAGACCAGAGCUGGAUUUACAGUUAGCUAGUGAAACUAGCGACGCUCAACCCAAAAUGGCCGCCUCUGAUCACAAAAUGGCCCCCUCUCGGCACUCUGGACCUACUGAAGACCACCACCAUAGGCCAGAGCUGGAGUUACAGGUAGCAGCUUACGCGGCUAGUGAAACUAGCGACGCUCAACCCAAAAUGGACGCCUCUCUGCACAAAAUGGCCGCCGCCACUUCCCAUCUAGAAGCACUACCAAUCCAAACAUUGUCUGAGGCAGUACUGACCACCGAGAACCACUGUAGUCGAACCUCCGCGGAGACCCAUGCUAGCAAUAAUAACCACAUGCUCUGUGACGUUACACUACUGCCAACGCAGCAAAUCCAGAAACACAGGUCCUCGACGGCAACUGCAGCAGUAUCCAUGGACUCCAACUCAGAAGGAUCCUCUCAAAGAGACAAUGUAUUUAGAGACUCCAGUACUAAGUGUUUAUAUCUAGCUAGCACCAGUUUGACUUCUAAAGAUAAGUUGACCCACUCUUCUGAGCUGAGUGAAUUAAAUGACAAUUCAGCAACAUUACAACACCAAAACAACAACGACCAAACUCCACACUCAAACAUGGAUGCCGUUUGUAGUUCCCGAAAUGUGGAAUCCAUUUGUAGUUCCCAAAACGUGGAUUCCAUUUGUAUUUCUCGAAACAUGGACUCUGUUUGUAGUUCCCAAAGCCUCUACCUGGAGCCCAAACCUUUCUCAGACGGCAUCUGGAAGAACCUCAACUCCCAGAGUCCUGCGGUGCUCAUCGAGAGCCUCCACCACCCGGAGCUCCCCGCCGACUAUACUCACGAUGCACUGCCCUACACCAUGUGGACCGAGCCGCAGUGCAAAGAGGUCACAGACCUCGAUCACGAAACUGAGACGGACGACCAGGACCCAGAGGGACAUGGGGACGGGCCUCUCACCUGGGCCCAGCUGGAGUCCACCUCUCUGGGGUCGGCCGGUGUCGGGGAGCCCCUGGGCCUCUGUGGAGACUUUGAGCUCCAGAGAGGGGAGGUGGAGGCAGCGGAAGCCCUGGCUCUGUGCAGGGAACUGGGGGUGGAGAGGGAGGCCGAGGGGGCUCUAGAACCUGACCCUCCUGUAUCGCCCUUGGAGGAGAGACUGGGGGAAGGAGAGGAGGAGGAGGGGGUGUCAGAUAUGGAAGAGGGAGAUUCGGAGGAUGAGGGGCAGAGCAGCACGAGGGGGGAGAGUAGUAGUGAGUCAUCGGAAGGAGAGGCUGAAGAAGAGGAGGAAGAAGGGGAGGAAGACUAUGAUAAUGAUUUGAGCGACUUUGAGUGUGGCGACUCGGGGCUGGAACCUGGAGAGGUUUGCACUUACCCUGCUGCUCCGCUGGUGAAGAGAACCAGUAAGAGCUGGCGUCGCCCUCUGAGGAAGCCCACCGCCCGGGCCGUGCCCUCCACUGUCAAACAGGCUGUCAGCGACGACGAACCCCCUGAGGCGUCUUUGAUGGAGGAGCAGGAGGCUGAGCCAUGGGCUAAGCCCCUCCUCUUCCUGUGGCAGAACAGGAAGUGUUACUUCACGGCGGAGAGAGAGUACAACGCUAACGCAGCCAAGAUGUUGCCGCACUGCGCUGUCUGCACACUGUUCAUGCCCUACUACCAG